AUGGUAGCCUUUACAAUUAGGAAAAAUCUUUUAGCUAUCACCUUGGCCGGAAUUUUAGCUAGUGAGAUGUUGCUAGAAUCUGUCGUGGCUCAAACUUGUGGUUGUGCAUCAGACCUUUGUUGUAGCCAAUAUGGGUAUUGCGGAACUGGUGACUCUUACUGUGGCACUGGAUGCCAAGCAGGCCCUUGUUAUGCUCCAACUCCAAGUGGGACUGUCGUGGUAUCUAAUUAUGUUACACAAGCAUUCUUCGAUGGGAUAAUCAAUCAGGCUGCCUCAACCUGUGAGGGAAAGAACUUCUAUACACGUGCUGCAUUCCUCACAGCUCUUAAUUCCUAUCCUAGCUUUGGCACUAGCGGAACAACUGUUGAAUCUUUACAAGAGAUUGCCGCAUUUUUUGCCCAUGUAUCACAUGAGACUGGAGUCUUUUGUUACAUAAAUGAGAUAGGUGGUGCUUCUCAAAAUUACUGCGAUGCAACAAACACACAGUACCCAUGUGUUGCCGGCCAGGGGUACUAUGGUCGUGGACCACUCCAAUUAUCGUGGAAUUAUAAUUAUGGAGCUGCUGGAAGUAGUAUAGGAUUUGAUGGGCUAAAUGAUCCUGGAAUUGUAGCUACAGAUGUUGUGACUUCGUUCAAGACAGCAUUAUGGUUCUGGAUGAACAAUUGCCACUCAAUCAUGACUUCUGGCCAAGGGUUCAGGGCAACCAUCCAAGCCAUCAACGGUGCAAUUGAAUGCAAUGGUGGAAACACAGCAGCUGUGCAAGAUCGUGUUCAGUAUUAUGAGACCUAUUGUAAUCAAUUUGGUGUGUCACCUGGUACCGCCCUUACUUGCUAA